AUGUGUUGUCCCUCGCCCCAUGGUUACAUUCAAGGACAACAGGCAAUAACCAGAGGUAAACGCUUACCAAUACUCACUUAUAUUAUGAAGAGGUAUAUUCUGGCGAUAGUGUUGGCACUAACGGUCAUACAUGUAGGGGUUCUAGCUAAUUCCGAUUUCCGGUCGAAAUUAAGACGAGCAUCGGACCCAGCCAAGAAAGUCAACCGUCAAUAUAUCAUUAACUUGGGUGCGACAGUUUCAAAUUCGGAAGUAAUGAACCAUCUUCAAGCGACAAGGGGACUCUUCACGACAGAUAAUGAUGACAAUGCCGGGGUUGAUACAUCAAUGGUUGAUGGUCGCGGUGGUUGUUGGAUUAAACGGAGGGGCAAAUUUAUCGAUAUGAUUGGUUUCAAAGCUUACAUUGUGUCGUGUAUUUCAGAAAGUGAUCUAAAUCAAAUCCUGGCUUUGCCAAUCGUCAAAUCAGUUCAAGAGAGCGUACGGUUCAGUUUGGAUACAGAUAAAGAUCUGAACGCUGCUGCUAGAAGUCAUCAUGGAGGCCGUGUGAAAAGAAACGAACGACGUUGUACUAUUAUUAACAGUUGUGUUACGAGGAACGUCAAUAGCUGGGGGCUUGACAGACUUGAUGGUUACCUCAACAACCAACUUCUAGCAAAGGGUCUAGGAACUGACGUAGAUGUCUAUAUUGUUGACACAGGAGUUAGAUACACUCACGAAGAAUUCUGUGGUCGGGUUGAGACUGGGAAAAACUUCGUAGAUACUGGCUCAUCCGCCGAUGACGACCAUGGGCACGGGACUCAUGUUGCGGGUACUGCCGCGGGACAGAAAACAGGGGUUGCCCGUAAUGCAACUAUUAUACCUGUUAAAGUGAUGGAUGCUCAGGGCUUGGGAACUUCAGCGGGAAUCGUGUCAGGACUGGGGUGGAUUGUGCAACAAUAUAGAAGCAGAGGAAGAAAGGCUGUUAUCAAUAUGUCUAUUGGGUGUCCAUGCAAUGCUCCUGAUAUGAACAAUGCCGUUAAAGCUGCGGUAGAUGAAGGAAUAGUUGAUGUAGUUUCUGCUGGAAACGAUAAUGUAGACGCUUGCAGCGACUCACCCGCUAAAGAACCAUCAGCUAUAACUGUUGCAUCAUCCACCAACUCGGACAGUAGGUCAGUUUUCUCUAACUAUGGAACUUGCGUCGACAUCUACGCUCCAGGCUCAAACAUCUACAGUGCAUCGUAUACUAGUGAUAGCGCUUACGAAACCAGAAGUGGUACAUCAAUGGCCGCUCCACAUGUAGCAGGUGUCGUUGCAAAGUAUCUUAGCACAGUUAGUUAUAAUCCAUCCCCUGCUCAAGUCAGGAUCUGGCUUAUUAACAACUCCCUUAAAAAUCAGAUCACCAACAAUCCAUAUGGACCAAAUGACCUCCUACAAGCAGUCGAAUGUUAAUGGUCUUAGACUGGUCAGCAAACUGCAACUGGAACAAGUGAAUCGAUAACAAAAUCGUACACAGAUUUGAUUAACAUUGCAAUGUAUACUCGAUAUACGAGGAAUACUAAUAAAUACUAUAAGCUAUUAAGCUGUAGAGGUAAAUCAAA